ACUUGGCUGUGGAUGAGUCGCACAUUUAUUAUACUAGUCUUCAUAGAUCACAAUUAUAAGUACUGUUCCAUGCAAGAGUGUAUAUUUAACUGUGUUCGUUACUUGGCCUUGAGCAGAUCGUAAACAGAACGAAGGAGCAAAGGACUGAACUCUGAUCUCGUGCUUACGAAAUUCCCCAAGCUGGGUGGUAUCGUUGUAAAGUCUUUGGUGUUAUCUUCGCAAAGUGAGCCGUGUACGAGGCUACCUGGUUCCUAACUAAGAUUUGACUGACAAAAAAAGAUGAAGGAAGAAGUAAAUCAGAAUCCUUGUGGUCAAUCUUGUCAGCCAAUACCAAGAAGAAAUCAUGUUAGUAGGUCAGCAGACCAUAGAGACAGCCAGAAAGAGUUGUGGAAAAAACCAAAGACCAAAACGACUGAACUUUAUGUCAAAAUCCAUGAUUUAAUUCAGGAUGUGGCACUGCUGGAGCAAGUCCUCACAACAAAGGUAAACCUGGAGGGAUUUCAGCUUUCGCUUCUUAAAAAGGAUGUCAUGAGAUCAGACACCUGCACAUACUGCAGUGUGAUCUGUCCAAGUAAAGAUCUUGCCAAGAGAUUGAAACAUCUACUGCUGAAGGAUCGGCACAUGUUUACACCUCUCAUUGACUGCAACUUUACAGGAUUUGACCAGAGCGAGGUCUUACAAAGUCGAGCAGAACAGCGUAAAGAGGAACUUAGACAGCAAGCACAGUUUGAGCUGGAAAAAAAGUCUACAAGAGCUUUAAAAGUCCAUGAAGAGAAAUUGCAAGCUAUUAUGCUUCAGAUUGACCAGGCUAAAGGUAAAUUAAACAACCUUUACACAGCCACACAGACUAAAGCUGAGAUUUCAGCUCUGGAAGCUAAAGUAGAUGAGAACAUCAGACAAAAGGAAGAGUUUUGUGGUGCUGUGGAUGAGUUUAGAAAACGUGUGGCAACUGCUCUAAACGGCACUAAUUUUGAGAAAACGGUAAAUGAAGCUCGCAAGCAGUUUGGCAUUGAAUGCUGUCGGUUUGAAAAGUCUCUCCCAAUGUAUGCCAGACGUCGGGACAUCGUCGAUCUUGUGAGAAGUAACCAAGUGUCCGUGAUCCUCGGUGAAACAGGUUCUGGGAAAAGUACUCAGAUGGUGCAGUAUCUUCUAGAGGCAGACUUCUGCAACAAGGGUGCUAUCGUGUGCACCCAACCGCGCAAGGUUGCCGCCAUCUCCUUGGCGACGCAUGUGUCAUCAGAACUGGCGACCAAUGUAGGUAAAGAGGUCGGGUACAAAGUCGGCAGCAAAUGUAGGACCGGGGAUUUGACCAAGGUUAUAUUUAUGACCGAUCACUGUCUGCUAAACGAGUGCCUUGCAGACCCCACCUUGAAAGCCUUUUCUUGCAUAGUUGUAGACGAAGCACACGAAAGAAGCCUGUACACCGAUCUGUUGCUGGGCAUGAUCAAGCGGUGUCUGCAAAAGAGACCGGAACUCAGGGUGAUCAUCACCUCGGCAACGAUCGACCCAGAAGUAUUUGUAAAGUUCUUCGGCAACUGCCCGGUCCUGAAAGUUUCGGGUCGCACAUUUCCAGUGGAUGUAGUUUGGCUAGAUGACAAUAACGAAGAAGACGAGUUUGAAAACUACAUGCAGAAGGCCGUGAAGAAGGCGGAGGAGAUCCAUUUGAAGGAAGCGCUCGGAGACAUUCUUGUGUUUCUCACGUCGCCCUUGGAAACAGAGAAAUGCUGUGAGGCUUUUCAGCAGAGUUUGGCAGGACGGAACGACUUCCAGUGCUUUCAGCUACACGGCCAGCUUCAGGCUGAUGAACAGCAGAAGGUUUUCGAGCCUCUGGGUAAAAACAAACGUAAGAUAGUGUUUGCCACGAACUGUGCUGAGACUUCUAUCACGAUUGACGGGAUCAAGUAUGUGGUAGACACCGGUGUUGCCAAGGAGAUGCGAUAUGAUGCCAAGAAAAACAGCAACUGCCUAAGCGUGACCGUGGUCAGUCAGAGCUCGGCGGAACAGAGGAAGGGGAGAGCAGGUCGCACUGCGCCGGGAAAAUGCUAUCGUCUGUACUCUAAAUACAGUUAUAAUGCCAUGGACAAAAUCACUCUUCCGGAAAUCCUUAGAACUCAUCUGGGACAGGCUCUCCUUAAACUUGCAGAGUUGGGAGUUGGACCGGAUAUGUACGACUUCGUUCAGUCCCCUAGCCAAGAAGCCAUUGAAGCUGCCUUGGAGUCGCUGGUGCAGCUGGGAGCUUUGUCUACAAACCACCGAAUCACGGAAGAGGGGCGUUGGAUUGCAAAACUUCCCUUGGACCCACGGUUGGGGCUGAUGACAUUGAAAGGCAAAGCGAAUGGUCUUUUGUUCGAUUCUAUUGUCCUUGCUGCCUUAACGAACUUCGGGAGUGUUUUCUACAGGGGUAACACCACCAAGGAACAGGAGCAGCAUGAUAAAUCUAAAACCAGAUUCAGCCAGACCACUGGAGAUUGCCUGACCUCCUUAGCCGUGUACAAGGAAUGGCAACAUGUGCCUGAAAAAGAAAAAAACAGAUGGUGUGUUGCCAACAGCAUCAAUGCUAAAGCCAUGAGAUCCACCAGGGACAUGGCAAAUGAAAUAAUCAAGACUCUUAAAAAAGAGUACAAUCUGGAAGUAGCCAAUGAGUUUUCUGACAAAGAAACAACAGAAAACUGCCUGAGACAUAUGAUUUUUGAGUGUUAUAUUGGCAACCUGUGUCACUAUUUAGGCAUGGAGAAGGCCGGAUACUUUGCCGCGCGUGUUUCAAGGCAAGUUCACGUGCAUCCUUCGUCUUGUCUGACCUCCUUAGCUAGCAACCCUGAAUGGGUCGUUUACGAGCAGCUGAUUAAAACAUCGAGAGAUUUCAUCACAGGAGUCACGCCAGUCGACGAAUCGUGGCUUGCUGAUGUCGCUGUAGAAAAUGUCGGCCUCGAUGUUGAAGACAUCCGUAAGAAAAAAGUGAUGAAUGUGUUCACACAGGCGGCAGGAUCUCAUGCCUUCUUCUCGAUGGUAGGUCCUCGCUUUUGCCGGCUAAGAGAGUAUGAAGAUUUGGGGAGUAGCCAAGGCAACUUCUCUGUUGUGGUGGUAGAAGCUAGUCGUGAAGUAAAAGAAGUGAAAGUUUUCUCUACAGAAAAAGCGAACGAGCGUCUCGUGAAACUGGUGAAGGAGAGAGUGGAGCGGUCGGCACGAGAGCUUGCACGUGAAGACACCGAGCAGCCGGUCGGCAAAGAAGAAUCUAAUCUUCGAGUUGUUCUUGGGACUGGAGGAAAGGUGGUUGAGCUACUGAUGCCUGAUGAAAGUCGAAAAGUUUUCAUUCAUCGCGUGACAGAAAACAGCACGGAAGAACAUAUCUUGGCAAAGUUCCAGCAGUUUGGCGAGAUCCGACUUUGCAAAAAGUUCGUCGAGGGCGAGAAAUGGGGUUUCCUGAUAUUUAAAACUGUGGCAGAGGCUGUCAACGCCGCGAAAGAGACCGGAGAUAACGAGGCUGAUGCUGGUGAGCUAGAACGCCGACGUCCACUGAAGCAGAACGCAGACUUCAAGGCUCGCCUCAAAUGGUGCCGCAGACCUUCCAGCGGAUUCGGCUACGCCUCCAUUUCGCCAGCUGAGUAUGCCACGUGCUUACUGAAGAGUUGCUUUUAUGUCGGCAGUAACCUCAUCACGAUAAAGCCAGCACGGAAUCGGGAGAAUUCCUUAUACUUCCCCUCAUUACCGAGAGCAUUGAGCGAGGACGUGCUCAGACGUUCGCUUUUGCACGAGUUGGGCUAUGAUGAAAAUACGAAGGGGAUUGUCGAACGUGUUACAAUCGUUCGCCAGAAACCAUACCAGACGACAGAUGCUGAGCUCAGGGAUCUCGAGAUGACAAUCGAGAAAACGUUUCAAGCUUAUCUUCGCACUUCGCAGGUGAAAGUUUCUGUCGAAAAGCCGCACAAAGAGACGUCCGUCAUGUUUGGGAGCGAAGCAGUAUUCACCGACCCCAUUGAAGGAAUACAGGCGUGCAAACGUCUUCAGACAGAAUUUUACAUUCACGAUCAGCCCGUUGAUGUGGUGCCUGUAAUAUAUGCUACUCUGACUGUCCCAAACCAGGUACUGAAAGUAGCAGACGCAAAGGUGAAAGAUGCCUUGAAUCACUUUUCUGGUCUUGCAGAAAUUAAGUCAAAGCCGGUGCACAAUGACAAACACAUUUUCUACAUCAGGGCCUCUGAAGUGGAGGACAUGGUAAAAGUAAGAAAAUGUCUCAGCGAUAUCUUCAAAGGCGAGGUGUUAGAUUGCAGGAAAGCUCCUGCACUUGCUCAUCUAUUGAAUGCUGCGGGCCUUAGUUUUCUGCGAGAAACUCAACAUAAAACGAGCACUUACAUAAGUGUCGACAGUCGUCUGGGAACCAUUGCUAUACACGGCACAGAGGCAGCCUGCACCCAGGUUUACAUUGAAGUCAACAACUACCUUGACUUGGUGCAGAGUGGUACAGUGGAAGAGAUGACACUGAAGGGCGGAGACAGGCCCGCAGGUGUCUUGAAGGCGCUUCUCAUGGAGUACGGAGAGGAUCUAGACAGGUUCCGAGCCUCCUCGGGUCUCUUCGUUGUCUCAGUCGACUACCGAAAACACAAGCUGCGACUGACAGGAUCACCCGAAAGUAUCGAGAAAGCUCACGACAUAGUUAAUAAAGUUGUCGAGAAGAUGAAAAGGUCGUCGAGAAAAGAUGAUGAGGAAGACACCAUCGACUGCGUGAUCUGCCAGUGUCCCGUUGAAGCCAAGGAGCUGUACCGCCUGGAGCUGUGCGCUCAUCCUUACUGCCUGGACUGCCUGAAGCACCAGGUGGCGGUGGCCGUCACGACUCGCUCCUUGCCUGUUGUCUGCGGACGCGAGGGGUGCGAGCGCGAGGUGGCCGUACGCGAUCUGACCUUCUUGACCCGUCGAGGUGACGUCAACAUGUCGGCGCUGACCGCUGCUGCCCUCUCGGCGUUCGUGAUGCGUAGCGGAGGCGCCGCCCGAUUCUGCGUCACGCCCGACUGCCCCGUGGUGUACCGCACGACGGCCGAAGAGCACGCCAAGGUGUUCGUUUGCCCCGAUUGCAGCGUCCGACUGUGCACCGCCUGCCACCAGCAAGCGCACGACGGCAUGACGUGCGCCAUCUUGCGGGCCAACAAGGAGGGCUGGCAGGACGUGGAACUGUGGGCCAGACAGGACCCGACACGACGUAAACCUUGCCCUGGGUGUUACACGCCGAUCGAGAAAACUGGCGGAUGCCGGAGGAUGUUCUGCACCGUGUGCAAAACCACCUUUUGUUGGAUGUGUUCUAAAAAGUUUGCGUCAGAAUGCGCCUGUUACGAGCACCUUACGAUAGAACACGGGGGGAUCUUUGGUGAAAAUGAACUCUAAGAAGUAUAGAUCGUUGAGCGAGAAGCCGGUGUGGUGGGGGUUGUGUGACGACAACAAACCUCCGACACUCGAUCAAAGGCAGUAACAGUCAGCAGGUGUGCGACCCUUUAAUACCUGGGCUUGUACAAUGGCCACGGUUGCGUCGCAUCGCCAGAAGCGAUUAAAGUCCGGGCUGUCUCUUCUCUGUCACUAGUCUGUGCUCCCUCUCUCAUCCGCCGACGUCUCUUCCCUCAUUUCGUCUCAGCCGAGUAUCCUCUUUCGCCAUGGCUCAGCAGGUCCCUCCAACGACAAUCAUCCGCGGGCCCCGCCAAGAACUAACUACUAACGCCGGCCUGCCGGCCCUCUGCAAUUAUGUUUCUUGUACUUCUGCAUACACAUGAGUUUUUUUUAUUAUUAUUAUUAUUUAGCUUUGUUUAUUUCUUGUUACUCCUCGAGGAGCAUAGUGCCACAACACUUUUAUUGUGUGUUAAUGCAAUUUUGUUGUUAUUGGGGUUUGGCCACUCCAUUAUAAAUGCAUGUGAUGUGCUUUUGUAGACGUGUUUACUUUUUUAACACGACACAGCUGUCUAUAGGUGACUCAAAUGUUUUUAUCCCCCCAAAAUUCUAAAGAUGCACUUGUAAGGUACAUAUAAAAGACACUCACUAACUGGGAAGCACCGUCUCUCUUGAGAUCAAGUCAUAUUAUUUGUUUGUUUACAGCUAUUUGCUGGAACAUGUUACAUUUGCACGUCAGUGUAUGUGUAAUAUAUAUUAUAAUUUGUUGUUUGUGUGUUGUUGACUGUUUUAGCUUGUUUUCUGAAAUUCAGUUUUCAGUCCCAAAAUGAUCGCAAAUUUCAUUGUCUUCCUGUCUAAAUUUUCUGAGUUAUUCUAUAUCAUUUUUGGAAUCUGUCAUCUUAAUGUUAAAAUAAGAUGAGAUGUGUUUAUUUGCAAAUUUUGGAAAAUGUUAAAAAAAAAAAAUUUAAAGUUAUUUGAAGUUUUGGAAAAGAUAUUUAACAUUCAGUUUUGGCAUCGAGAAUGGACGUCCCUAGCUACACGCCUUUUGUUUGUUUGUUUGUUUUUUUAAUGUUUCUCUAGAACUACGAGCUGUCGAACUGUAUCUCAUAAAAAUCUUAAUCAAUGAAAAGAUGCUUCAUCAGUGCAGUUGCCAUUUUGGAUUAUUGUGAUCUGUUGAAUUGAUUUGGUGCUCAUGCAAGAGAUUGAUAUAAUUUUCUACAAAAGAUUAUAGCCGUGUUUCGACAAUUCAUAAAGCACUAGACCUAGACCAAAACAGCAUACGUUAAUAUAUAUAUAUCUGCAACGCAUGAAGAAGGAUAAAAAUUUAUACUUUUGUCGAAAAUAUAAUAUGGGUGUAUUUGCAUUGCUUACCUUCCAAUAGUUUGUAAACAUUGGUUUUUGUCGGUUUUUUUUAAUAUGAAGCAUUUCACGAGCAGCAAAGAAAUUAGUCACCCCUGUAUGGUUUUUAUCUAGGAUUGAAACAGUGGUUGUGGAUACAAGUAUUUGCAGCCUUGAUUACAGUUUUCUUUAUUAUUUAUAAAAUGCUGUGAGCAAGUUUGUCAAUAUGUUUACAUGCUGGUUAUAUAUACAUUUACCAGACUGUGUUAAACGUUGAUCCGCAAUUGUUCCGUUAAGAGGUGGGUUUAGAGAGUUACUGCCCUCAGAAUAAACAUCAUUUUCUUGUCAAACUGAAACAAUAAUUUUGUUCUGCGUACUGCCAAGUUUUCUGAUGCCUGUUACCUUUAUGGUUACUGUAAAAACUGACCUAAAGAAUGCAGUUUGGUAGGGAAUGACUUUGACCUUAACGAAAUGUGAGCGAAACGACUCCGAAGACAACAAACUGUCAAACAGUUUUAUUAAUCAUGGUGAUAAUUGCAAAGCCUAAAAAUCUGAAUUCCAGAAAAUGCUAUAUAUACAAAAUAGACGUCGUUCCUUUAUAUAAGAUGGGUGGAUCGGUAGAGAGAUAAUCAUUGUGGGCAAAUUUAUAGUCAAGGAAAAUGCUAUUUAUGUUGACUAAAACAAAUAUUAAGUAAGCCUGCCUUGCUAUUCUGUACAUACCAAAGAUUCUUCAGCUGUAACGUGAAAUAAGUUUGGCCGUGCGUAAUAUCAUAUAUAUAUAAGUUUAUCGCUUUUUUAAACAGUUUAAUAAAGAGUAGAGCUUUUCUCAUGCUUGAAAAACAUCAUUGGACAGAAGUAGGGGGGAGUAAUCCAUAGAAUAUGCUAUCGUUUCAUCAAACAGUAUGAUGAUUUUAAAAUGUUUUUGAUAAGAGAAAAUUUUGCUGUACGUGCAAGUUUUUUGUAAACCUGUUUAAACUUUCAGUCCUUUUCAGAUUUCAUCUUACGCUCGAUCGUGCAUGCACGCACGUGCGCACGCGCGAUCACACACACACCAUAGAUAUAUCUGUCUUUGAACAUGGCUUUUAACAAUUUUAACACUAUUAGUCCCUUUUCUCUGUCACAUGUUCUUUCUUUAUCUUUGUAAAACCUGUUUUCUUCCUGAAGAUAUUUACUUCUUCCUGAAUGGGUGUCGGUUUCUUAUUAAAUUACAACGUUUUUGUAAACUAUAAGUUAUUGAUUGGUUUUACAAAUAGUUAUGUUCCAUUGCAUAUAUACUACAUUAAGCGACUGAAAUGUAGCAUGCAGACCUGUGGAAAUUGAUUUUAUAUGGAUAAAAAUUUACAUAAUGGGUAGAUGCGAUUUAUUUAUGAUUUUGUUAUGAUUUAUUAUCAUUACUAACAAACUUUAUGGAUAGAAAACACGAUGAUCGAGAGCUAUAGAAUAGUUAAAUGUGCUAAAUAAGCUUAUUCUAAGGAAGUUUUUAAUGGUUGGUUAUUUUGAAAAAUGCAUUGUAAUCUGUUAUGGUUUAGGGUUUAAAACCUUAAAUGUAUCUGGAGAAACAUUAUUAUUAUUAUUACCAGAAACUGUAUUUACUUCCUGCAUAUUGUUGCUGUCAUCAGUUGCGUUCGAGUUAGCCUAUCUUAUAAAUUAAAGGAGGGUGUGGCAAACUGG